AUGGCUGAUGCCGUGGAGAGCGGCGGGCGGGCGCGCCUCGUCUCGGAGCUGGGCCGCGUGCAGGACCUGGUGCGCCAGCUCGAGCUGCAGCUGCGCGCGCCCGCGGACGCCGCCUCCGUCGACCUCUGCCGCCGCCUCGUCCACCAGAUCGUCGCGCUCACCGACCGCUCCAUCGGCAUGCUCCACUCGUCCCCGGACCUCGGCCCCUCGCCGCUGUCCGCCACCGGCACCGGGAGCCCGAUCAGCAGCGACGCCGCCUCUGACCACCACCCCUUCCGUCCCGCCACCGCCAGCCCCAAGAAGCGCAAGGCCACGGCGCGCUGGACCAGCCAGCAGGUGCGCGUCAGCGCCGCGGGCGGCGGCGCCGAGGGCCCCGCCGACGACGGCCACAGCUGGCGCAAGUACGGCCAGAAGGACAUCCUCGGCGCCAAGCACCCGCGGGCCUACUACCGCUGCACGCACCGCAACUCGCAGAACUGCCCGGCCACCAAGCAGGUGCAGCGCACCGACGACCACCCCGCGCUCUUCGACGUCGUCUACCACGGCGAGCACAUCUGCAGGCCCGGCGGCGGCUCCGGCAGCGCCAAGUGGGCGCAGCAGCAGCACAACCCGCACGCGCAGGCCGCGCUGCAGGGCCUCUCCGCGCGCCUCACGGUGGCCACCACCACCACCGCGGACGCCGCCGCCAUCGGCGCCGCCGCGGCGCUCCCGCCCAUGACGCCCGAGAGCUGCCCCGUGCGGGGCGCCUCGUCCCCGUGGUCGCUCGCGUCGCCCGUCGGCUCCGACUCCAACGGAUGCCUGCACCAGGGCGUCUCGCCGUGCCCGGUGCCCGGCUACAGGGACUGGGCCUCGGAUCUCCAGGAGGUGGUGUCAUCGGCCUUCGCCGCCGUCUCGUCGGCUGCGCCCCUGCCGGUGCUCGACGACGAAUUCAUGUCUCUCGAGUGCUUUGGAUUCGACCAGAACUUUGAAAUUGACACCGCAAUGCCAAGCCUCUACUAUCCAUGA